CAGCAUGGCUGCCUACAAGAGGAAACGUGGCUCUCUGGCUGAGCCGGCUAUAAACACCAAGAAGGCGAAAAAGCAGCCGCCUGGGACCCAGCAGGAAGGGGCGGCCGGAGAGGAGUUCACUGUUCCCAAGCCUGUAUCAGCGGGCAAAUGGAAGAACAAAGAGAGGGUGCUCAUAUUCUCUUCCCGUGGCAUCAAUUUCCGAACCAGGCAUUUAAUGCAGGACCUCCGGACAUUAAUGCCCCACACAAAAGCAGAAACAAAAAUGGACCGUAAGGACAAGCUGUUUGUAGUAAAUGAGGUCUGUGAAAUGAAGAACUGCAAUAAGUGCAUCUAUUUUGAAGCCAAGAAGAAGCAGGAUCUGUAUAUGUGGUUAUCCAACUCCCCCGAGGGUCCCUCUGCUAAGUUCUUGGUUCAGAAUAUUCACACACUGGCAGAACUGAAGAUGUCUGGGAACUGCCUGAAAGGCUCGCGGCCGAUUCUCUCCUUUGAUCCGGCAUUUGACCGGGACCCUCACUAUGCUUUGCUGAAAGAGCUACUUACACAGAUUUUCGGAACCCCGAGAUAUCACCCUAGAAGCCAACCUUUUGUGGACCACGUGUUCACUUUCUCCAUAGCCGACAACCGCAUCUGGUUUAGGAAUUAUCAGGUUAUAGAAGAGGAUGCAGCCCUGGUGGAAAUUGGACCCCGUUUUGUCCUAAAUCUCAUUAAGAUUUUCAAGGGAAGCUUCGGAGGGCCGACACUCUAUGAGAACCCUCACUACCAGUCUCCAAACAUGCACCGGCGAAUGAUCCGAAUGGCGACAGCAGCCAAGGUGAAAGAGAAGCAGCAGGUAAAGGAGCUGCAGAAGAUGAAGAAGGAGGAAGACAGACCGGUUAUCCCUGCCGAUCCCACAGAGUCUGUGUUCUAUACUCCAGCUGAGGAGAAACCUCAGACCAUUGAGACGGAGCCACCGGCACCCAAGCCCAAGGUGAAGAGGAAAGACAAGCAGUUCAAAAGGCAGAGAAUGGCUAAGAAACGCAUGUGAUGUUUGGGGGGCCGGGUAUUGGGGGAGGGGGUAUUAGCACGGGGUAUGGCUGUUUUGUAUAUUAAACCUUAUCCUAAAAGCUA